UUAACUCAUCCAGUUUUAUCCCUGACUCAGAGCAAAGAUGAGCUUCGCGGACCGCUACACCUCCUCGUCCUACCGGAAGAUUUUCGGGGAUUCGCCCCGGUUUUCCGCCUCUUCCUCCCGUAUGAGCAGUGCGUCCGCUCGGGCCUCCCCGGGGCUCAGGGCCGGGGCCGGGUCGCGCGUCAACAGUGCGUCCUCCAUGGCCCUGUACAGACGGGCCGGCCGUGCUUCCAACUCUUUCUCUCUGAUGCCGACGGACUCUGUGGACUUGGCCCAGACCUCCGUAGCCAAUAAUGAAUUCAAAGUUAUUAGAACCAACGAGAAGGAGCAGCUCCAGGGUCUGAACGACCGCUUCGCCAUGUUCAUAGAUAAAGUCCGACACCUGGAGCAGCAGAAUAAAGUUCUGGAGUCUGAGCUGGUGACGCUGCGACAGAAGCAGAGCGAACCGUCCAGAGUGGCUCAACUGUACCAACAGGAGAUGAGGGAGCUGAGGUCAGAGCUGGAGGAGCUGAACCGGGACAAGAACCGCAUCCUGAUCGAGAGGAACAACCUGGAGGAUGAGCUGCAGAAGCUCAAUGUGAAGCUCGAUGAAGAAGUUCGGAUGCGGGAGGAGGCCGAGCAGACCUUGAGGGUGUUCAGGAAGGAUGUGGACGAUGCAGCCACCGUCCGUCUGGACCUGGAGCGUCGAGUGGAAUCUCUGAUGGAUGAAAUCUCCUUCCUGAGGAAAGUCCACGAUGAAGAAAUCCAGGAGCUGAGCAGUAUGAUGGAGGCCCAGCAGGUCUCUGUGGAGCUGGAGCUCGCCAAGCCGGACCUCACCUCAGCUCUGAAGGAGAUCCGGAGUCAGUACGAGUCCAUCGCGUCUAAAAACCUGCAGUCGGCGGAGGAGUGGUACAAAUCGAAGUUUGUGAGUCUGAGCGACCAGGCCACCAGGAGCAAUGAGGCCAUGCGGGCCAGCAGGGAGGAGCUCAGCGAGUUCAGGAGGCAACUGCAGUCCAAGACCAUCGAGAACGAGAGCCUGAGGGGCGCCAAUGAGUCUUUGGAGAGGCAGAUCGCAGAGAUGGAGGAGGCACACAACGCUGAGGUCACAGCUAUGCAGGACACUAUUGGCCACCUGGACACUGAGCUGAGGAACCUGAAGGGUGAGAUGGCCCAGCAUCUGAGAGAGUACCAGGACCUGCUCAAUGUCAAGAUGGCUCUGGACAUCGAAAUAGCCGCUUACAGGAAGCUGCUGGAGGGAGAGGAGACCCACUUUAACUCAGGAGUGUCAUUCGGAGCCUCCAGCUACAGCUACCAGCCCCGAAGCUCAGGAGGCUCCUCCAGAAGCAGCCAACGGGACAAAGAAAGCACCACGAAGGAGAGCUUCAAGGAGGAAAAAGACCAAGCGGACAUCAAUUCCAACAACUGAAGACACAGAGAUGGAGAAGUCUGGACAGUGACAGAUGAUGAAAUACUGUGUACGUGUAGAGAAUAUUAGUCACAUACUGUACGUGUACUGGAUGUUAAAGCACUGACACGACUGUAGGUUUCACCAACGAGCUGUUUUUUGACCAUAAAUAACGGUUUCAACCAAUCAAAUUAUUGUAAAUGAAAUAACUGCAACAACAGAAGACAUUAAACAGAAAAUGUUACAGAUAAUGAUGUGAAAA